AAUACAUCAGGUAUCUCUAAAAGUGCCCUACAGACCCAAAGUGUCUUCUCUGCUUUAGUAAAACCAGUAGGUGUAAAUACAAUUCUCUUUAGAGGGGGAGAAAUUCGAUAUGGGUAAUGAGCUGUAACUACCUCGGAAAAUAUCACAUUGCAGAGCAUUUUUAUGAUUGCUUUCCGUAUGUGACUCUCGUUUCAAGACUUCAGUCAACAGUUAAAGACAAUAACGUAGAGUAGAAGAGAUAUUAUUUUAUCUUUUAUUUAAACAAAACCAUAUUUCGUAAUCAGGUCAUAAUUAUUCAUGUGUACAUGUAUUCGAUGACAGUUUGGAGCAUAUUCAGAAAUCGCCAAACUUAGAUGGAGUAGUUGUAAGUGAAAUAAAUUAUCGGUCAUGGAUGAAGAGAAAACCCCUCUGCUUCGUGCAGAACCGUUCCACAUUGCAUCGAUUUCGAGUGUAGGAAAUGAAGAUGAUUCUUUCGAAUCUUCUUCUGUCAAAGUGGAAUCAGUCCGAGUUCCCAUGUAUGGAACUGAUUCUGGAUCAGUGGUCAAAAUCGUUCCAAUCGAAGAAAGAAUUACGUACACAUGGAAUAACUUGAAUGCAUUCACUACUGGUCGUGAAAACACAAAAAGGAAAUACUGGUGCUGUGGAGAAAAUGACGUUGUGGAAAAUAAGCAGAGGAAACAUAUUCUCAAAAAUGUAAACGGUGUAGCUCAUCCUGGUGAACUCUUGGCUGUACUAGGAUCUAGUGGAUCAGGAAAAACGACCUUGUUGAAUGCAUUGACAUUCAGACCAACCAGAGAAAUUGUCGUUACAGGAACCAGAUGUAUGAAUGGAGUUCCUGUUAAUUCGAAAGCAUUAACAAAAGUUUCAGCAUAUGUUCAGCAAGAUGAUUUAUUCAUUGAUACUUUGACAGUCAGAGAGCAUUUGAUCUUCCAGGCACUUGUACGGAUGGAUAAAAAUAUCAAGUAUGAGCAGCGACUGAAGAGAGUUGAAGAAGUACUAUCAGAGUUGACUCUGCGCAGCUGCGAGAACACCCAAAUAGGCUGCACCAGCGGCAACGGCAUCUCGGGCGGCGAGAAGAAGCGGCUGGCCUUCGCCGCGGAAGUCCUUACGAACCCCUCCAUGAUGUUCUGCGACGAGCCGACUUCCGGUCUGGAUUCCUUCAUGGCACUCAACGUCGUGCAAGUCCUCAAGACGAUGGCGCAGGGCGGCAAGACGGUCGUCUGCACGAUCCACCAGCCUAGCUCGGAACUGUACGCCAUGUUCGACAAGUUGCUGCUGAUGAGCGAAGGCAGAGUGGCCUUUAUGGGGUCUCCUCAUGAGGCAGAUGAGUUCUUCAGAGAGAUAAAAGCACCAUGUCCCAGGAAUUUCAAUCCUGCUGAUUAUUUCAUUCAGCUUCUAGCAAUUGUUCCUGGUACAGAAGAAUCCUCGAGACAAGCAGUGGCAAUGAUAUGUGAUACUUUUGAAAAAUCAGAUUCUGGGAUCAAAGUAGCUGUUGAAUCAGCAACAGGGAACAAGUAUCAAGAUGAAAAUGGAGUCGAUAUUUGGUCUAAUGGAGAAGAGAAUUGCCCAUACAAGGCUUCAUGGUGGGCACAAUUCCAAGCAGUACUAUGGAGAUCAUGGAUCAGUAUCAUGAAGCACCCUUCGCUAGUCAAAGUUAGACUACUACAGACAAUUAUGGUUUCCUUGGUGAUAGGAGCAAUUUAUUAUGGCCAAGAGAUCAAUCAGGAUGGCGUAAUGAACAUCAAUGGAGUACUAUUCAUAUUUCUGACGAACAUGACUUUCCAGAAUGUAUACGCUGUUAUAAAUGUAUUCUGUUCGGAACUUCCAAUUUUUCUUCGCGAACAAAGAAAUGGGAUGUACAGGACUGACGUUUAUUUCUUGAGCAAGACACUGGCCGAACUACCAUUCUUUAUAGUAUUACCAUUCCUCUUCACUUCGGUAUGUUACUUCAUCAUAGGUCUGAAUAGUGACAUGAGUAAAUUUUUAUUUGCUUGUGUCAUUGUGAUAUUGGUUGCGAAUGUUGCUACAAGUUUUGGAUACAUGAUAUCGUGCCUAUCAGCAACCUAUUCUAUGGCACUGUCACUGGGUCCGCCAUUGAUUAUACCAUCUCUCCUCUUUGGAGGGUUCUUCCUCAAUAUCAAUUCGAUUCCAGUCUACCUGAAAUGGGCAUCCUAUCUUUCCUGGUUCAAAUAUGGCAAUGAAGCUCUGUUGAUAAACCAGUGGGAAAACAUAGAAGAGAUAGAAUGUCCGAUUGGCAAUUCCACAUGUCCCCCAAACGGCAGAGUGGUAUUGAAAAUGUUCAAUUUUAUGGAAGAAAAUCUAUAUUUUGAUGUUAUUUGCCUAUUUUGUUUGAUUGUUAGUUUCCGCCUAGUCGCGUUUUUUGCUUUGUUACGCAAGACCUAUAAAUAGGGAAAAUCAGUGUGAUCUGGAAAUUGGAGAUUAUACUUUGAUGAGUCUCGAUUUCUCCUUAUUCUAUAAAAUAAUAAAAUGUUAUGACAAUCCUUUUUUUAUUGAUGCUCAAUGCUUCAAAACUAUGG